UUUUAUUAUUUGAAAUUUAAAAAGAAAAAAAGGCCAAUGGCAAUGGCUGCUGCCACAGCUGCUGCUUCUGGUUUCUUCCUUCGUACUUCUCUAUCUCAAUCCUCUUUCACCACUAGACCACACGCUCUCUUCGUCAAAGCUUCAUCUAUGGAGGGAAGCGAGAUUAAGGAGGAAGCGAACCAGCGCGUUAGUGAGAGAAAGAAGAUAUUCGUUGCCGGUGCAACUGGAAGCACGGGGAAGAGGAUAGUGGAGCAGCUUUUGGCGAAGGGAUUUGCUGUGAAAGCGGGAGUGAGAGAUUUGGGGAAAGCGAAGUCGACGUUCCCAGGGAACAAUCCUGAUCUCCAAUUUGUGAAAGCAGAUGUAACAGAGGGUUCAGACAAAUUAGCUGAAGCUAUAAGUGAUGAUUCCGAUGCAGUGAUAUGUGCUACUGGUUUUCGACCAUCUUGGGAUCUCUUCACUCCAUGGAAGGUUGAUAAUUAUGGCACUGUGAACCUGGUCGAAGCCUGUCGGAAACAGAAUGUCAACAGAUUCAUACUCAUAAGUUCCAUCUUAGUCAAUGGGGCUGCCAUGGGGCAACUGCUCAAUCCCGCCUACAUUUUCCUCAACGUGUUUGGCCUCACCUUAGUCGCAAAGCUUCAAGCAGAGCAGCACAUUCGGAAAUCUGGAAUCAAUUACACGAUUGUAAGGCCUGGUGGACUGAAGAACGACCCGCCCACGGGGAACAUAGUGAUGGAGCCAGAGGAUACGCUGUAUGAAGGGUCGAUAUCCCGAGAUCAGGUUGCAGAAGUUGCAGUGGAGGCUUUGCUGCACCCGGAGGCUUCCUACAAAGUUGUGGAGAUUGUUGCAAGAACCGAAGCUCCUAAGCGAUCUUUUGAGGAUCUGUUUGGUUCUAUCAAACAAAAGUAAAUCGUUUGUCUGAUUUUAUUCUAGGUUUUUAUCUUGAUCUUGGAAAUUGUUUUAAUAUUCGAAUUCAAUAUAGAUUAAGAUUUGAUUACUA